UAAAUAUAUAUUUCAUACUACAUUUUCAUUAACCUAAUUGAAGUCUUAAUUCGCUUUUAUAUACUAUUUAACAAAUUAAAAAGUUUCAAUAUUGUAUUACUAUUAUUAGAAAUCUCCAUCAAAUCUCUGGGCUACAGCAUAAAGUGUAUUUUAAUUAGUAAUAAUGAUAGUUGGGAGGAUGUUAUUACCUACUCUUGCUAGAACAAGAUUAAGUUCCUAUGCAAGACCACAAUUGUUAAAGCAGAGACAAGAUUUGACUUUAUUUUUAUUAGUAUGUAAAUUAUCAAACUAUCAUAUUACAAAAAAUAUUGAAUAUAUUUCACAAAACAAUGUAAUUAGAAAUGGUACAGCUGUACAGAAUUUUAAUAACGGAGAGAAUAAACCUCUAUUAGUUUUACUUAGUUGGUUGUUACCAAAACGUAAGCAUGUUCUGAAAUAUGCAGAUUUGUAUUUGGGACAAGGGUUUGAUGUCGUGAUAGUAUCAAUUACUCCUUGGCAACUAUUAUGGCCCACAAAAGGAUCUAGGCUGGUUGCAGCAGACUUGAUAGAGUUUUUGAUAAAACAUCAGAAUUAUCAACAAAUACUAUUACAUGGAUUUUCAGUAGCUGGAUAUAUGUGGGGAGAAGUAUUGGAUUUAUUGCAGAAUGACCCUAAAAAAUGUAACAAUAUAAUCAAUAGGAUUGUUGGUCAAGUAUGGGAUAGUUUGGCUGAUGUGAGUGAAUUAACAAUAGGUGCACCACGUGCUAUGUUUCCAACAAAUGAAAUGCUACAAAAUAUGUGCCAAAAGUAUUUAGAAUAUCAUAUGAAAACUUUUUAUAAACCAUCUACUCAGUAUUAUAUAAGGUCUAGUCAAUUGUUUCAUACAAAUUUAGUGCAUAGUCCAGCAUUAUUUUUUAUAAGUAAAACAGACCCAGUGGGUUCAUUAACAAGUAAUCUAAGAGUAAAGGAAAGCUGGGAUUCUUUGGGUGUAAAGAUUUAUGUUAAGAUAUUUGAAAAUUCCCCACACGUUGAACAUUAUCGUAAAUACCCAAAAGAAUAUGUUGCAGAACUGUAUGCGUUUUUGAAUAAAUUAAAUUUGAUGCAAAAUAAAAAAAAAAUGGCACAAUUUUAAAUGUGCUAUAUGAAGUCUUAUUACUUAUAUUCUUAAAAGAUAUUCAAAACAGUAUAUUUACGAAAUAUGUAGUUCUUUAAUAUAGAUUUUGAUACAAAUUUUUAUAUAUAAAUAAAAGCAAGUUAUUUAUAAUCAAUUGAAACUUUUUAACCAGUCUCAUCCGUGAAUUUCAUUAUCUGUAAGUAAAAACACAUGUUUCUGUUAAUAAUAUUAAAAGUAUAAUCAAUUUUAUAGCAAGAAACAAAAAAGUGUUCAUUUAAACAGGUAUAAUAAAAAGGAAAAGGUACUUUAUGAACUACAUAUUUUAUAAUAGUUUUAAACUUAUUUGAUGAAUUCCGUCUUUAGCAGUCAUAUAUACACGAAUACUUACUUUCUUUUUUACAGUAACUAUUUUUCAACCAUGAUGCUAAUUGCAACUUAUAUAGUACACAAGAAAAAUGUGCGUUUUAUGCAUUGAAUGUUAGUUAUUGAAUUAUGUCAUUACAAAAAUGGUUAUUCAUAAUAUGUUACUUAUUAUACAAUGUAUACAUUUAAAUAUGAUAAAAUUUGAGUUAAUUAAA